UCUUCUCUCCACCUCUAAAACGAACGCGCUCAUUCAAGAUCCGCUCUGGUGUCGCCGUUUGCAGCCUUAGCCGGUGUCCAAGGGCCUGCUCUCAGUGAUGCCCAUCACCUAUCACAAUGUCGCCCCCACCACAGAUGGGGGCCGGGGCACCCUCUUCUCGGGCAUGAAGUUCUGGGUGUCGUUGCGCAUCCCUGAUCGCAACGUCAUUCUCAGGAAUAUCAUGGACAAUGGCGGCGAAGUCAAGGCGCUGGACAAGCUGGCCCAGUUCCUCAUUGUGGACCCAACAAAGGCCCCCCAGCCAGGCUCCUACUCAUAUGAAUGGAUCACAAACUCUGUCCGCGAGGGGAUCGUCCUUCCGAAAGAGGAGUUUGCAUGUGCUGGAGGGACUGUGGCUCCCGCUGGACGACCCGGGUUCGCCCCUGCUCGGAAAGCGAUCCGAGUCCCUUUCACAACAGAGGAAGACCGCUUCUUGACCGCUUGGGUCAUCAAGCACGAGACGAAGUAUGCUUCCGGUGGAAACAAGAUGUUUGAGAUGCUUGCCAUGCAGAACCCUCGUCACACAUACCAGUCUUGGCGGGAUCGCUGGGUCAAAAAACUCUCGAGACUGCCACGGCUGGCCAUCUCACAAGAGGAGCUGGACGCCAUUGAUGUUAAAAUGCCGGACACUGAAGCUCGGCCUGCUCCUGUGUCACUACCUCAGCGCACCCAACCCAGCCCUUCUGCAGGUCGUCCAACGAACACGGGCGGAAGUCAGCACGCCACGGUACGGGCAAAGUUCACAGCGGAAGAGGACCUUGUGCUCUUGAACAAAUACUUUGAGGUUGUCAAUAACAGAAUGCUAAGCAAGCAGAAGGACUUGUACACCAAGCUCGCGGAUCUUUAUCCGCAACAUCCUGCAGGCGCAUGGAGUGCCAGACUCGUAAAGACCAUCGAGGUCAGAGUGAGAGACAGGCUCAACACCACGUUGGAGGAGAUUGGUCAGGAGAAUAUGCCACAGCUGGCUGCCUGGCUCCAUUCCGUGAAGCAGGAUGCCGCCUCGUUUUGGGAGAUGCUCGAGGCCGAACCUGCAGCCCUUACAUCGCCGCAGGCCAGAUCACCUGUAGCCACGUCACCUCAUGUCAGAACACCGGCACAGCCAGUAAUCAAGAAAGAGGUGAGGUCCACGCCUUCAAGGAGAGCAUUUUCGACGCCAACGAAGCCUUCGACAACGCAAAAGCCCGCCGGCACUGGCCCCGUCGUCAAAGAAGCACCUGUCAUUCCAAGUAGUCCUCCAGCCGAAGAUUCGGAGCCGCCUACCCCCUCGCCAACACAAGUUGCUACCGAUGUCGCCCCUUCGUCGCCGCAAUUGCCGGUGAUGCAUGUACGACACGUGAUCGCGCAGAGAGGCGCUGUCAGUGAGGAGAGCAAAGCCAGGGCCGACUUUUACGACGACUACUAUGUGUACACGGAAGCCACACGGCAGAAGCCGGUGCACUUCCCGAGUAUCGCUGGCCAUGCGUUCGAGCUGUGGGACCUGUGGCGGGAGGUCAUGGAGCAGAAGAUGUCCCCCGAGCGUGAUUGGGAGCUUAUCACAGAGAACCUCGGCAUUGACUGGAACGAACAUCCAGACGCACCGGAACAGGUCAGACAGUUCUACGAAACCCACCUGGGCUUAUUUGAGGAGGCAACGCAGAACUUUGACGAGUCUGACGGCGAGGAAGCCCCUGGGACCGCCAAGGACGCUGCCAUCCCCUCGUCUCCGCCUCGUAUGACGCAUUCGAAGAGACCUGCGGACAAUGACAGGGACGAUCAAUCAUAUUCUGCCACGCCGCGCAAGAGGCACAGGCAUGACAGGAAUGUUGAGAUCGCCUCGACGCCAGAUGAAAAGAACGGGACCAGCCACUUGCGAUACUCGGAUGGUCAUAUCCCUCCGAGCGACGCCGACGAAGACGACGAGGAAGAACUUGGUAGUCUCGAAGUGCAACCCAACCGAAGAUUUGCAGCCGAGCCAGAGACUCAAGACUUCCAAUAUGAGACGGCCAAGGAGACACAAUACUAUGAUGCCAUGGACUUGGACGAAGACGAUGAGUUGCUCGACAUCACGCCAUCUCAGCAGCUCAUGCUCGAGUCUGACUCUGUGGCAACGCCCGGGCCACCGACCUCUCCUCCACGAACAGCUGUUGUGCCUGCUACCGCGCCGCUCACGCAGGGCACGCCAACUCCCCAGCGACGUGUUGCAAAAACACCGUUCUUGAAUGACGACUCGGACCGGGAGCAAACGCCGCUGCCCAUGUUCAAGCGGCCGUGGGCAGAAAAGGUGGCACCCGCAGCCAAACGCCGGUCCCUACCAAAGUCGUUUGUCGUCGAGCAGCCAGCCGCGCAGCAAUCGACAUCACCUAUAGAGAGCCCAGUUCCGUCUCGGCCGCCGGCGCCGCCUCACGGCCCAAGGCCCACCACGUCAUCAUCAUCAUCAUCAUCACGACGUCCCGUGACCGCGACGAGUGUCGCGACAGCCCGCACCACCACCACGCCUAACACCAAACCCGCACCACCGCAGCAACAACAACAACAAUCUCCUUCCCCUCCUCAUCGACAAGAACCACGCCGACCGGAUCCAAAAGAAGAAAAACAAAAACAGGAGCCCGACGACGUCGAGAAAAUCAUCAGCCACCACGUCUCCCUGGGCUACCCGCGCGACAUCGUCCUGAAGGCGAUGCACGCGACGACCUGGAGCAGCGGGAUCGGCACCAUCGUCAUGGACGAGCUGAAGAAGGGCAACCCGGUCCCCGCGAACGCCCGGGGCGUGUGGACCGCCAAGGACGACGAGUAUCUCGCCCUCCUCAUGAUGGACGCGGAGGAUCGUGGUGGCGGCGAGGGCGGCGGCGAGAGCGACAAGGACAAGGACAGCAAGAAGAAGAAGCUGCUCGACCGCGCCAGGCGCAGGCUCGAGACCAAGCAUACCCCCGCGAUGAUCGAGAGCCGCAAGAAAUUCCUCAGGCAGGACGAGGGCAGCGCGUGGAAGGCUGCUCGUUGAGGGGAAAAAAAAAAGAAAUCUGAGUUUGCUCUGAUUCAUCUCUCCCACCAGCGAGAUUUCGAGAUCGCUGAUCAUCAGC